UUGUAUAACUUAAGCACUGAGCUUGUAUUUCAGGUUAAUGGACCUGAUGGCAUUCUGCAGAAUGGAGCUGUGGAUGAUAACGUGGCUAAAACCAGCCAGCUUCUGGCAGAACUGAAUUUCGAAGAAGAUGAAGAAGAUACCUAUUACACAAAGGAUCUUCCUGUGCAUGCUUGCAGUUACUGUGGUAUCCAUGACCCUGCCUGUGUGGUUUACUGUAACACCAGCAAAAAGUGGUUCUGUAAUGGACGUGGAAAUACAUCUGGCAGCCACAUUGUUAAUCAUCUUGUGAGAGCCAAGUGCAAAGAGGUGACUCUCCAUAAAGAUGGACCUCUAGGAGAGACUGUCUUGGAAUGUUAUAACUGUGGAUGUCGUAAUGUGUUUCUCCUUGGCUUUAUUCCAGCUAAGGCAGACUCUGUGGUUGUUUUGCUGUGCAGGCAGCCAUGUGCCAGUCAGAGCAGUUUAAAGGAUAUUAACUGGGACAGUUCACAGUGGCAGCCUCUUAUCCAAGAUCGCUGUUUCCUUUCAUGGCUGGUAAAGAUUCCAUCUGAACAGGAACAGUUGAGAGCACGUCAGAUUACAGCUCAACAGAUCAACAAACUGGAAGAACUUUGGAAGGAAAAUCCAUCUGCAACCCUUGAGGACUUAGAAAAGCCUGGUGUUGAUGAAGAACCGCAGCAUGUCCUGCUUAGAUAUGAAGAUGCUUAUCAGUACCAAAAUAUAUUUGGGCCUCUAGUCAAGCUUGAGGCAGACUAUGACAAGAAACUCAAGGAGUCUCAGACCCAAGAUAACAUCACGGUCAGAUGGGACCUGGGCUUGAACAAGAAAAGAAUUGCUUAUUUCACUUUGCCAAAGACUGAUUCAGAUAUGCGUCUUAUGCAAGGAGAUGAGAUCUGCUUGAGGUAUAAGGGAGACCUGGCUCCUUUAUGGAAAGGAAUUGGUCAUGUUAUCAAAGUUCCUGAUAAUUAUGGUGAUGAGAUAGCCAUCGAGCUGAGGAGCAGCGUUGGAGCGCCUGUGGAAGUUACUCAUAACUUCCAAGUGGAUUUUGUAUGGAAGUCUACUUCAUUUGACAGAAUGCAGAGUGCUUUAAAAACAUUUGCUGUGGAUGAGACUUCAGUGUCUGGGUACAUCUAUCACAAACUGUUAGGUCACGAGGUAGAAGAUGUAAUUAUUAAAUGCCAAUUGCCAAAGCGCUUUACAGCACAAGGACUUCCUGAUCUCAACCAUUCUCAGGUUUAUGCUGUGAAGACUGUCCUGCAGCGUCCUCUGAGCCUUAUUCAGGGUCCCCCUGGUACCGGAAAAACAGUGACAUCAGCCACAAUCGUCUAUCAUCUGGCUAGACAGGGCAAUGGGCCUGUGUUAGUCUGUGCUCCGAGUAAUAUAGCUGUAGAUCAGCUGACUGAAAAGAUCCAUCAAACUGGACUGAAAGUGGUUCGUCUGUGUGCUAAGAGUCGUGAGGCAAUUGACUCUCCUGUGUCCUUCCUGGCAUUGCAUAACCAGAUCAGAAACAUGGAUAGCAUGCCAGAGCUUCAAAAACUGCAGCAGCUUAAAGAUGAAACUGGAGAACUGUCAUCUGCCGAUGAGAAACGUUACCGUGCGCUGAAACGAACAGCAGAGCGUGAAUUACUUAUGAAUGCAGAUGUGAUCUGUUGCACGUGUGUGGGAGCUGGUGAUCCAAGGCUUGCAAAAAUGCAGUUCCGCUCCAUUCUGAUCGAUGAAAGCACACAGGCUACCGAGCCAGAGUGCAUGGUGCCAGUUGUCCUGGGAGCAAAGCAGCUUAUUCUUGUGGGUGACCACUGCCAGCUUGGUCCUGUUGUGAUGUGUAAAAAAGCUGCCAAGGCUGGCCUGUCUCAGUCUCUCUUCGAGAGGCUUGUGGUGCUGGGGAUUCGGCCGAUUCGCCUGCAAGUGCAGUAUCGCAUGCAUCCUGCACUCAGCGCUUUUCCAUCCAAUAUCUUCUAUGAGGGUUCACUCCAGAAUGGUGUUACUGCAGCAGACCGUGUGAAAAAAGGUUUUGAUUUCCAGUGGCCACAGCCAGAUAAGCCAAUGUUUUUCUAUGUUACACAAGGACAGGAAGAAAUUGCCAGCUCAGGCACCUCUUACUUGAACAGGACGGAAGCUGCCAAUGUGGAGAAGAUAACUACAAAGCUAUUGAAAGCUGGUGCCAAACCAGAUCAGAUUGGCAUUAUUACUCCUUAUGAAGGUCAACGAUCCUAUCUGGUGCAGUACAUGCAAUUCAGUGGUUCCUUGCAUACAAAGCUCUACCAGGAAGUGGAAAUUGCAAGUGUGGAUGCCUUCCAGGGACGAGAGAAGGACUUUAUUAUCCUCUCUUGUGUGAGGGCCAAUGAACACCAAGGAAUAGGGUUUCUGAAUGACCCCAGGCGUCUUAACGUAGCUCUUACAAGAGCAAGGUAUGGAGUGAUUAUUGUUGGGAACCCAAAAGCGCUGUCCAAACAACCACUUUGGAAUCACCUGUUGAAUUACUACAAGGAGCAGAAGGUUCUGGUGGAGGGACCACUGAAUAACCUCCGGGAAAGCCUCAUGCAGUUCAGCAAGCCCCGGAAACUGGUCAAUACCAUCAACCCAGGUGCCCGUUUCAUGACUACUGCCAUGUAUGAUGCACGUGAGGCUAUUAUUCCAGGAUCUGUCUAUGACCGGAGCAGUCAAGGGCGCCCAUCCAACAUGUACUUCCAAACCCAUGACCAGAUCGGGAUGAUAAGUGCUGGCCCCAGCCAUGUCACUGCUAUGAACAUUCCUAUCCCCUUCAACCUCGUGAUGCCACCGAUGCCACCACCGGGAUACUUUGGCCAGGCUAACGGACCAGCCGCAGGACGUGGGGCGCCAAAAGGAAAGACUGGUCGUGGUGGGCGCCAGAAAAAUCGUUUUGGGAUUCCUGGAACUAGUCAGUCAAACCUUCCAAAUAGUCAAGCGAGCCAAGAUGUGGUGUCCCAGCCUUUCUCCCAGGGUCCACUGACUCAGGGGUAUAUCUCCAUGAGUCAGCCAUCGCAGAUGAGUCAGCCUGGGCUCUCCCAACCAGAAUUAUCACAGGACAGUUACCUUGGUGAUGAGUUUAAAUCUCAGAUUGACGUGGCGCUGUCACAGGACUCUACUUACCAGGGUGAACGUGCAUAUCAACAUGGCGGAGUGACGGGACUGUCACAGUAUUAGAGUGUUGAGGAAGAAGAGCUAAGCUUGUGUGGAGCUUAGUUCAUCAGCAUUUUAUUCUGGGUAAUAAAAAAAA